CCUAGAUGUAUUUUCCAUAUGCACAUCAGCACAUGCAUGCAUAUAUGCGUAUGAAUAUAUAUAUUUGAAAGGAAGAUACGAAGGUAACUAGAAGAUAUGAUGUUGGCUGUUUUAUAGGAAAGGUAACAGAUCAACAAAAGAGAGAAAGGAAAGUUAUGCGGUGGUUGCUAGCGGUGGCAAGUGGUGGUUUCUGAUGAGGGGUCUUUUUAUGUGGUGGGCGUGAGCUGUGGCUAGUGGUGGUUAGAGAUGAGGUGCCUAGACUGUGGGAACAAAGCAAAGAGGGAUUGUUUGUACUACAGGUGCAGGAGUUGUUGUAGAGGACAUGGAUUUCAGUGUCAAACUCACAUCAAGAGCACUUGGGUCCCCAUUUCUACCAGGCAGGUUGUGCGAAACUCGGUGGCAGCCAUGGCGGCUCAGCCACAUCAAUACCAUCAUCAACAAGGGGAGCAACAACAGUUGGAUCUCUCAUCACCAUCUGGUUUUGGAGGACGUUUUCCAUCUGAGUUGAGUGGUGAAGCCACGUUUACGCGUGUACAAGUGGCUACAGCUUCGGAAGAAAAUGCAUAUGUAGAUCAAUAUGCAUAUGAAACAAGUAUAAAUAUUGGAGGGCGUGUUUUUAGAGGCAUUCUAUAUGAUCAAGGACCUUAUUCUCCAAUCACGGAUUCUGAUUACUUGAAUGUACAUGAAGGUGAUCAGCAUGAAGGUGAUCAACACAACUCCGCCAUCAACAUUCCUUCUAACUUGCAACAAAUUAAUAAUCCGGGUUCAUCGGCCCAACCUACCCUUCCAACGCCUAACUACCCCUUAUAGAUUGCUCUGUAAGGGUGCUUCUAAUUCAAGAAUUUACUACAUUAUAAGUGUUCUUGACACAUUAAUGAAGUUGAAUCUUGUAUAUUAUUUUCUAUCUUAUCAACACAUGUAUCUUCUCCUUUGAUCUGUUUACAUAAUUAGAUUUAUUUUUCUUUAAA